AUGUUUAAACGACUUAUUGUAAUAGAAUCUGAUAAAUAUUCUGUUUGGAUCAAAGCAGUCGGUAUAGCUUUAAUUACUUUACGAUUUUCUGACUGGCCAUAUGAAUUAGCCUUUCAUUCAUUACAACAAGAAAUCAUGACACAACAAGUUGCAUUUGGAUCUAAUUGUCUUGCUCAAUGGGGUAAAGGUGUUAUCAUAUUAAAUUUUGUAAGUGACAUUUUAGCCAAUUUAUUUCUAAGUGGCAUGUUUGUUAGAAGAUUAUAUGUUCAUAUCCUAAAUUCUCGUAAAGUGAUGAGUCAUCAAAAUCAAGUGAUUGAAUAUAUUGCACGCAGAUCCUUAAUUUGCUUGAUUCUAACUCUUUUUACUAAUUUUACAAUGAAUCUAUUUAAAUUGACCAAUUUUAUGGGCAAUCGAUCUGAUACUUUUACACCCUAUUUUGAAAUUAUUGAAUCUUCUCUUUUGGUCGAAGCUUUAAGAGUAGAUUAUACACGACUUCCCGAACAAUCAUUUUGUGAAAAUUGUGGUGUGAUUAUUAAUUCGAUUGGAAGUAAUAACGAAGGCAACAGGUCGCAACCAAAACAAAGUAAUCCUCAACACGACCAUCAUAUUAAAUUACCGACAAGAUCUUUUACAGCUUCUUCCAUUUAUACUGACAUAAAUUUACCUUUAUUUAUUGAGGACUGCAGUUCCCCAGAUCAACAGUAUCCACUCGAUUCAAUAAGUAUUCAUCAGGCUGAUACUCGAACUACUAUUACGUCUGCACAAUAA